UCCUCCUCUCCAUAUAUCUAUGCCUUUCUGGAUUAUCAUUACUUCUUUUAUCUGAUUUUUUUUUUAAAUUUUAUUUUCUCUCUCAUUUUCCAAUAUACCAAACACACAUACCCUCCUCCUCCUCCUCCUCCUCCUCCUCCUUCUCUCUAUAUCUCUCUCUUGAGCAUAUUUGUUUUCUUGAAGAAGAUUUGCAGACUAGUACUGUCUCUUUUCUCAGUAAUUCCCACUUAUCCACUUUGGAGUUCUUUCCUUUCUUGCGCUUUAGUUCUUCAAAAGCUUAUGUGGGUGCAUACACACACACACACACACACACAUAUAAUCUUGAUGUUGUUUCUUUAUUUAAGUUUUAAUUCUAGCAGGAGUAUCAAAUCUUUCAUACCCACAAAGAUAGAGGAGGAAAAGAGAUGAAAAGACUUUAAUUAGUAUCCACUUACACUUUCCUUUUUUCUUCUUUCCUGUUUUCCAGUCUGCAAAAAAAAAGGGGAUCAUCACUGUUUUUGGUUAAAGGAAGCUCUCUGUGUGUGUUUGGGAAGAAAGAAAAUAAACAAUAUGCCCUUAGAAAGUGUUUUUAUUGAACCCAAUACAUCAUCAAACCCUCUUCCUGAUCUCUCUCUUCAUAUCAGUCUCCCAAACACUGCUUCUUCUUCUUCCUCUUCUUCUUCAUGUAACGCCGCCAUUAAUGGAGCUGACACAAGCUUCAAUAAUUUCUUGGGUCGAAGACGAGAAGAUGAUAAAUCGAGCAGCAGAACCUCCAUUAGAACAAGCUCACAAGCUUAUACUGAGCUCUCUUUAGCUCACCCGGCUAAUUCCAUGGACGACCAAGCUGAUCUUCACACCCAAUCUGUAAGAAAUUUCAGAGGUGGAGCUCAAGAAUUAGCAUUUCCUUCAUUACAAAAUUACCCUUUUCAUAAUCAUCAUCAUCUUCACCAUUCUAAUCAUAAUAACUCUCACUUGAAUCACAUCAACCAUGGUGUUUCCCUCCUCGAAGUAUCCGACGGUCUCCGGCCGAUCAAAGGGAUUCCGGUCUAUCACAACCGUUCAUUUCCUUUCAUGCCGUUAGAGCAACACACCAGACAAAAAGAUCAAACCAAGAUGAGUUUCUACCAAAUGCCGCCGCCUUAUAAUCCUUCUUCCUCUCCAUCCUCGGUAAUUAAUUCUAUGUCAUCGUCUUCUUCUCCUUCUUCGCCUUACUAUGGUCUAGAUCCCAUGUCGAUCUUAAGCUCAGCAGGGCCUAAUAACCAGUCGGGUUAUCGGGUACCAACCUCGAGAUUUAAUGGAGUUUUUUCCGUGGAUUCAUCCAAAUCCCAACACUUGCACCACCAUAACCAGUACGCAGCUGGAUCUUCCGAUGCUUCUCAUGGGAUUAUCAGAUCGAGAUUCUUACCUAAGUUGCCUGCAAAAAGAAGCAUGAGAGCUCCGAGGAUGCGGUGGACCAGCACUCUCCAUGCUCGAUUUGUUCAUGCUGUUGAGCUUCUUGGCGGCCAUGAAAGAGCUACACCAAAGUCAGUUCUUGAGCUCAUGGAUGUUAAAGAUCUUACAUUAGCCCAUGUCAAGAGUCAUUUACAGAUGUAUCGAACUGUGAAGACCACUGACAAGCCUGCAGCUUCUUCAGGCCAAUCAGAUGGAUCUGGGGAAGAAGACAUAUCCACAAUGGGAAGUGGAAGGCGAUCAACAGAUCAUCAAAGAGGGCAACCAGAUGGAUCACUGCAACAAGAAAUGGACUUCCCUUCUACUGCUACAACUCUCUGGAGCAACUCUUCAAGUACUAGAGGGGCCUGGCAACAAACUAACUCAAGCACUGACAUCGAUGGGAUAAGAGCAAUUCCAUUCCAAGCACAACAAAGAUCAAACUACCAAACAGAGGUAUAUACAUAUACACAAUAUACAUGAAUACAAAAUAGUCAA